AUGCCCAGAGAAUUCGACCCCCGAGCAGCCAGCAAACGGAAACACGGCGACACCUCGGAAGACUUCGCACCGGCCAAGAAGAAGAAGAUUCUUCCCCCCAAACAUGAGCACAACCACCCUUCCGUGAACGAGCUGAAGAAGCGCAUCCGCGACGUCAAGCGCCUGCUCAACCGCGUGGAUCUCCCCGCCGACGCGCGCAUUAUCCAGGAGCGUGCGCUCGCAGGGUACGAGAAGGAUCUCGAAGAUGAGCUAGCGAGACGCAAUCGGUCGCAGAUGAUCAAGAAGUAUCACUUUGUUCGGUUCCUGGACCGCAAAGCCGCAACAAAGGACCUCAACCGCCUCCUGCGCCGCGAAAAGGAAAUCUCCAAGUCCGACGCCGACUCCGCGACCAAAGACGGAAAGCUGGCUGCGCUGGCGAAGGAAAUCCACGUCGCCCGCGUGAACCAGAACUACACGAUUUAUUACCCGCUCACGCAGAAGUACAUCGCGCUCUACGCCGAGAAGAAGCAGAAGAAGGACAAGAAGGGUCCCACCGCGUCCUCGGACAACCAGAGCCAGUCGGACUCGGAUGGGGGUGCGGGUGCGGGUAGCAAACUCAUUUUUAGUACUACGGGCGUGAGGCCGCCCAUGUGGCAGGUUGUGGAGAAGUGUAUGGAAGAAGGGACUUUGGAUCUUCUCCGUGAGGGCAAGUUGGAUGCGCAGAUUGGAGGAGCUGAUUCGCCAGCUCCGGAAUCGAAAGCGAAAGUCACAGAUGAUGCUGGGAAGGUCCGCAAUCAGGAUACGGUUUCGAAAAAGAGCAGCGGAAAGUCUAGGGAAGCGGACGCAUCGAAGUCCAAACAAGACAAGAAGUCGAAACGGGCUCCUGCGAAGGAGGAUGCAUACCGGGAUGCCAAAAAUAAUGAUAACGACGAUGGUGACGAAAGUGAUGGAGGCUUCUUCGAAAUAUGA